AAUGCAUUGAUGAUUAUGUCAGGCAGGGGAUAGGCAACCAGCAGUCAUUCAGAUGUUAUUGAACCACAACUUCCAUAGCUAAUAUCCUGUCUGGGCCAUGAUGGGGGUUAUAUUUCAACAACAUUCAUGUAAGUCUUUGUUUAAGAUUAUUUACAUUUAUUCUUGUGUGAUAUAUCUCUAGGAUGUCAGAUCCAUCACUCUGCAACUCUUCCUACGUGUCUGUGUAUGAUGGAACACCACUUGGUUCUCGCUUGCUUGGAAACCUUUGUGAGACUCCUGAAAGGAACUUCAUUUCCUCCUCAAAUGCCCUGAGCAUCGUUUAUUCUGGUGGUGGCAUUGGAAGUGGCAAAGAAGUGGUGUUCACUGCAUCCUACCAGACCGAAUACAACCCUAAACAAAAUGUGACACUUGCGUGCUCCUCUGAUCACAUGGUAGCUCUAGUGUCUCUUUCGUAUCUGCGAUCGCUGGGUCACUCUGAAAACGAUGUCUUCCUCAAUGACCCAACAUGCCGUCCUCGUACCUUGAAUAAGUGGCUGGCAUUUAACAUUCCCUACAAGGGAUGUCAGACAGUGCAACUGGUAGGAACAUGGACAUCUUGGCAAUAUAAGACAGACAGAAGAAGACAGGGAGGGUCAUUAUUAAGCAUGGAACAAUGGGAUUUAAAAUAAAAAAAAAAAGUCAAUUCUCCACAAAGUCCCAUUUUUUAAAGAAAAUAUUGCAGAUGAUUUCCUUUUCAGAUACUGUAGUUCAAGCAGGGUUGCAGUUUGGAAGCUGAAGGACACUUGACAUGUGUGGGCAGGUAGAGGGCUGAAAUUCCUUUGGAGAAAACCCAAGGGGAAAAUGGGAUAAAAAUUUAACUAUUGGCAGGGAUAGAAAAAAAAAGUGAAGUGAAAAGAAGAAGAAUGAUCUAAGAAAUCAGGGCAGGAAUCAUAUAAAAUUAAAUGGACAAGAAACAAGUCUAGACAAGAGAUAUGAGAUGUUACAGAUCCUACAAAGAAGUGCUCUUUGCAUGAGAAUUAAGGGGACGCCGCCUAGUGCUAUUUCACUUCCGCCAGGGGUUGUUGUAAAGGACCACUAGUUUUUUACUGGACCUUAGAUUAACAGAAUCCAUUUUCUAGUAGACUUAAAGGGAUACUGUCAUGGGAAAAAAAAUGUUUUU